UGAGAGGUUAGAAUACAACUUUUUCUUCUUCCUUUUUGAAUUAGUGGAAGAUAAAGUUUUAAAUAUAGCAUUAAGGUAAUGUCUGAAGGCAGAAUAUAAAAUUUUUGUGGGCUAGUGUUGAAACUGAGUAUGUUAGAAGUUCAUCUUACUGCCGCAUGACAAGGCAGUGAUUCUUUUGGACUCUGUUUCAGUUUGUUUUUACCUCUACAAAAUGAUAAAACUCUGUGGAAAGAUAUGUCACCGUGUGUCGCAUAGGAAAGUAUUCUGGAUCUUUGACACUUUUUCAGUCUCUUUAAACCUGUUAUUUUUUAUGUUUGGGGAAAAGCAUUGUGCACACCUUUAUGCUUCUCAGUUUUUAUGUGCCUUGAAACUAUUUUUUGUUCCGCAUGUUUUGAAAGAAGGUAGGAAACUUUGAUAAAGAAACACCUGUUUAAUAUCCAUGCUGAUAUUUCCCAGCCUCUCAUUGGUCCGUGAGAAGAAAGAAUCAGUAUAAAUAUUAACAGCAUGGCAGCAGGACAGUGUGUUUUUCUGGCUCAUCGACGGGGAAGCAUGAAGUUGUUCAUUCUGCUGGCUCUGUUCGGGCUCGGCUUCGCCCAACACAACCCUCACACCAAGCAUGGAAGGACAGCCAUCGUCCACCUGUUUGAGUGGCGCUGGGCCGACAUCGCUGCAGAGUGUGAGCGUUUCCUGGGUCCCAAUGGCUUUGGUGGAGUUCAGAUCUCUCCUCCAAAUGAGCACAUUGUGCUGAACAGUCCCUGGAGACCCUGGUGGCAGAGAUACCAGCCAAUCAGCUACAACCUGUGCUCCAGAUCUGGCAGCGAGAACGAGCUGAGAGACAUGAUCACCAGAUGCAACAACGUUGGGGUCAACAUCUAUGUGGACGCUAUCAUCAAUCACAUGUGUGGAGCCUCGGGUGGAGAGGGAGACCACUCCUCGUGUGGAAGCUGGUUCAGCGCUGGCAAGAGGGACUUCCCCGGUGUCCCCUAUUCCCACUGGGACUUCAACGACAACAAGUGCAGGACUGGCAGCGGCGAAAUUGAAAACUAUGGUGAUGCUUCUCAGGUACGUGACUGUCGUCUGGUUGGUCUGUUAGACCUCGCCCUGGAGAAGGAUUACGUUAGGGGCAAGGUGGCUGACUACAUGAACAAGCUGAUUGACAUGGGUGUGGCUGGAUUCAGAGUGGAUGCCUGCAAACACAUGUGGCCCGGUGACCUGGCGGUUGUCUAUGGUCGUCUGCACAACCUCAACACCAGCUGGUUCCCCAAUGGCUCCAAACCCUUCAUCUACCAAGAGGUUAUUGAUCUGGGAGGUGAGCCCAUCACAUCUACUGAGUACGUCCAUCUGGGAAGGGUAACUGAGUUCAAAUAUGGUGCCAAACUGGGAACUGUCUUCAGGAAAUGGAAUGGUGAGAAGCUGUUUUACACCAGGAACUGGGGAGAGGGUUGGGGUUUCAUGCCUGACGGUAAUGCUGUUGUCUUCGUUGACAACCACGACAACCAGAGAGGCCAUGGUGCUGGUGGUGCAUCCAUCGUUACCUUCUGGGACUCCAGGCUCCAUAAGAUGGCUGUUGGCUACAUGCUGGCCCACCCUUAUGGAGUGGCCAGGGUGAUGUCUAGCUUCCGUUGGAACCGCCACAUUGUGAAUGGAAAGGAUCAGAAUGACUGGAUGGGCCCUCCCAGCCAUGGUGAUGGAUCCACCAAGUCUGUUUCCAUCAACCCUGACCAAACUUGUGGAGAUGGAUGGGUGUGUGAGCACAGAUGGCGUCAGAUCAAGAACAUGGUCAUCUUCCGUAACGUGGUCAAUGGAGAGCCUCACUCCAACUGGUGGGACAACCAGAGCAACCAGGUUGCCUUUGGACGUGGUAAUCGUGGUUUCAUCGUCUUCAACAACGAUGACUGGGACCUGGAUGUGACCCUGAACACUGGCAUGCCUGGUGGCACCUAUUGUGACGUCAUUUCUGGACAGAAGGAAGGAAACAGGUGCACUGGGAAGCAGAUCCAUGUGGGCGGUGAUGGCCGAGCUCACUUCAGGAUCAGCAACAGAGAUGAGGACCCCUUCGUUGCUAUUCAUGCUGAAUCCAAGCUGUAAACAUAUUCUCUAUGACAUUAGAUAAAUCUUAUUUUUCAGCUUUAAUGGAGAGUUGGAUUUUUUUACUGACACAAUAAAAAAAAAAAUCUGAGUUAAA